AGUACAUACCUGUAGCUACAAACUUACCACUGCAUGUAAUCGUACCAGCCUACCUACAUACUACAUCCUUAACCUUAGAUAAUACCUCCAGCUCCAGCUACACACAUCGUACCUACUCACCUACACAACUUGAAGUAAGACAUUCUUCGUCAUCAACGUACUACUUAUACAUAUCCGACGAUCUCUACCAUCUAUCUACAUCAACCCUUCUUCUCUGCCCAUAACGAAGCUACUGUCGACAAAUCAGGUGGAAUCAUACCACCGGCUUAACCUUUCUUUCUUUAGCUUAAGUCUCCCCUCAAUACGAAACACCUUGUACAGCCCAACGUUGCGCAGCACCAUCGUGACCCAAGGCGCUUCAGGGAUGAUUAGUUGUUGUGGAAAUUGGCCUUUAUAACUAGUUUGACUAUUGGAUUCGGACAUGGCAGCGCCAACAGGAAAUCAAGGCUGGGCUCAGUUGCGACAGCAAGCCCGGAGCUUGGAGUCACAGGCAGAGGCUUUAUUCCACACAUACUCUCAAUUUUCUACCGUCUCGGAUAUUCCGGCGAAGCCGACCAAAGAGGAGCGAGAAACAGAAACCAAGUUAGAGGAAAUACUCGAAAAGAGAGAAAAUGUCGUCAACCAAUUAGCGCGCCUUCUGGAAACUGAACCUAGCCUUACAUCCUCCGCUCUCAAGCAAAAUAACCUCUCCCUUCUCCGCGAGAAACUGGCCGAACACAGACGCGAUCUCAGCCGCUUGCGUUCCAGCCUCCAAGAAGCGAGGAACCGUGCAAACCUGCUCUCCAACGUGCGAGAUGACAUCCAGACCUACCGAGCGAACAACCCCGAAGCGGCCGAGGCCGAGUACAUGCUGGACGAGCGGAACCGCAUCGACAACAGCCAUAAUAUGGUAGACAGCGUCCUCAGCCAAGCGUACGCCACCAACGAGAAUUUCAUCGUGCAGCGCGAAACCCUAGCCAGUAUCAAUAGAAGGAUCACCAUGGCUGCGAGCCAGGUACCCGGCCUCAACACCCUGAUCGGAAAGAUCUCAGCACGUAAGCGGCGAGACAGCAUCCUCAUGGGCAGCUUCAUAGCAUUCUGCUUCGUCAUCUUUUGGCUUUUCUUGUAGGCGGUACCAAUAAAUUAUGGGGGGAAGAAAAUCCUCCAAAAACAGAAGCCCUUUGGCUUUGUUUGUUUAAGUUCUGUUUGGGCACGGAUGGGAUAUAUAUACCUUGGCUUCUUGAGUUGCAUUGCUACCUAUGCAAGGCGUUCUGGUGGUUACUUUUUUUUUUUUACUUUUGAAAACGGCUCCGAGGUACGGUACACUAUUGGUAUGCUGUAUAAUAUGAGCAAAGAAAAGGCACGGCGAAGAGUUGGUUACCAUGCAUGCAGUCUAUGAAAGGGGUGAAGAGGAAGAAAAAUGACAUUAUGGCUACCUAACUACCUAUCUACCCACCUAGGUAGCUAGGUAGUUUGUGUGUCGUAAGGGGGUGGUAUGUAGUGAGAAGCAUCCGGGAGAUGUCAGCAUCGUGGAGUUUCCUCGCUCCGCUCUUUUAUCAAGACUACAUAAACUGCUGCACGGGAUAAAUCGUAGUCAGCUUAGACUAGUACAAGCGUGUCUAGAGCAUGCGCAAAUAUAAUAAAUCAUAUAAACAGCGAAUGCAUGCCUACGUACCUACGCCGCAUGAAGAGAGGCUUUUUAGGAGAGUCGGGUAUCAUUGUAUAUUCAUCACGCAUGACCAUUUUGCACCACAAGUCUACUUUCUUUUUCUUUCUUCUUCUUCUUCUUCUUCUUC